UGUCCCUUCCGGAAGAAACGGAGACCAUGGCGCAUGGACUUCACCUCCUUCGCCUUGGUAACCGUGGCGCUCGCCGUGUGCCAAACAACUGUGGUUCGAGCAGACCCGGUCGAUGUGUUACGGGCUCUGCAGGUUCCCUCUCUCCCUGAGGGUGUGAAGAAGGUCCCUGGCUUCUGCACAUCCCGUCGCUCCAGCAGCCCCGAUCAUGCUUUCCGCAUCACCAAGAAGGCCCAGAUCUCCGCACCCACCAAGCAGCUAUUCUCAGGUCGUUUCCCGGAGAAUUUCUCCGUCAUGGCUCUGGUCAAAGCCCAGGCUGGCCUCCAGGCCUUCCUCCUCUCCAUCUACAGCGAGCAGGGCGUCCAGCAGCUGGGUAUCGAACUGGGACGUUCACCUGUUUUCCUGUACGAAGACCAGAACGGCAAGCCAGCUCCCGAGGACUACCCACUCUUCAAAGGCGUUAACCUGGCUGAUGGCAAGUGGCAUCGCAUUGCUUUCUCUGUUUCCAAGAAGAACGUGACACUGCUGCUGGACUGCAAGAAGAAGAUGACCCGCCCUCUGCCCAGGGGCAACAAGGCAGUGGUUGACACCAAUGGCAUCACAGUGUUUGGAGCCCGCCUGCUGGACGAGGAGGUUUUCCAGGGAGACAUCCAACAGCUGAUGAUUGCCUCCAACCCACAAGCUGCCUAUGACUUCUGUGAACACUACAGCCCUGACUGUGACUCCCCUCUGCCCAAAACCCAAGCUCAGGACCCCAACACAUACUACUUUGAUGAGGAGCACAAUGACCAUGAAUACCCCUAUUAUUAUGAGGAAACAACAGGCUUUCCCUCCUUUUUCGCGCCCCCCUCUCCCCAACCUGGGGCCCCCAACCAACAGGAUGUAGACACUGAAUAUUCUGAGGCUGGCCACACCCCUACAGAGACUGAUUAUUACUAUGAGGAGACCUUCACACAGCCAGAGGGUGAGGUGGUUGGACAAGAAGAAAACGCUCCUCAGGUGGAGCCAGCACUGGUGGGAGAAGAGGUAGACGCCGCCAAGGCAGGUGGUACUGGAGAAGAGCUCUUCACCGAGGAGUAUGAGACUGGGGACGUGGGCCUUAAGGAGUACGACUAUAACUACAGGGACUACAAUGAACCAUCACCAGAGACUGCAGAGGUUGAUGGCAACAUUGGCCCCGCCCUGUCCGCUGUGACAGACGAGGGAGGCGCUGCUGUUAGAGGCCAGAAAGGAGAGAAAGGCGAGCCUGCUGUCUUGGAGCCUGGGAUGCUGAUUGAAGGACCUCCAGGACCUGAGGGACCUGCUGGCCCCACUGGACCCCCUGGAUCUUCUGGACCUCCUGGUUCUGCCGGUGACCCCGGAGAGAGGGGCCCUCCUGGUAGGCCUGGUCUUCCUGGAGCUGAUGGGGUUCCUGGACCUCCUGGAACUUCACUCAUGCUGCCUUUCCGCUUCGGGCAGAGUGGAGGAGACAAGGGGCCGGUCGUUUCUGCACAGGAAGCUCAGGCUGCAGCCAUCUUAUCCCAAGCCAGGAUGGCUCUGAAGGGUCCUUCUGGACCAAUGGGAUUCACCGGACGCCCUGGACCCCUGGGAAGUCCAGGAAGUCCUGGUUUGAAGGGAGAGCUUGGAGACCCCGGUCCUCAGGGUCCAAGGGGACCCCACGGUUUGAUGGGCCCUCCAGGCAAAGCAGGAAGAAGAGGCCGUGCUGGAGCCGAUGGUGCCAGAGGAAUGCCAGGAGAGCCUGGAGCUAAGGGCGACCGUGGUUUUGAUGGUCUUCCUGGUCUGCCUGGUGAUAAAGGACACAGGGGUGACUCUGGACCAAUGGGACCACCAGGGGGCACAGGAGAGGACGGAGAGCGGGGAGAUGAUGGAGACGUUGGACCCAGGGGUCUCCCAGGUGAACCAGGACCUCGUGGUUUGCUUGGACCCAAAGGUCCUCCAGGAAUCCCCGGACCUCCUGGUGUUCGAGGAAACGAUGGACCCCACGGUCCCAAAGGAAGCUUGGGUCCCCAAGGUGAGCCAGGACCUCCAGGUCAGCAGGGAACCCCAGGAACUCAGGGAAUGCCGGGACCUCAGGGGGCCCUCGGACCCCCAGGAGAGAAAGGUCCCACAGGGAAACCAGGUCUCCCAGGAAUGCCUGGAGCUGAUGGGCCUCCUGGUCACCCAGGAAAGGAGGGGCCUUCUGGCACCAAGGGAAACCAGGGUCCUAACGGUCCUCAGGGAGCUAUCGGCUAUCCUGGUCCUCGGGGCGUCAAGGGAGAACAAGGAAUCCGCGGCCUGAAAGGCCACAAAGGAGAAAAGGGAGAAGACGGCUUCCCGGGAAUUAAAGGAGAUUUCGGUGUCAAGGGAGAAAGGGGAGAGAUUGGAGUAUCAGGGCCCAGAGGAGAGGACGGUCCGGAGGGGCCAAAGGGUCGUGUUGGACCCCCCGGUGAGGUUGGAGCUAUUGGACUGAUUGGUGAGAAGGGUAAACUCGGUGUACCUGGAGUUCCUGGAUAUCCUGGAAGACAAGGACCAAAGGGAUCUCUUGGAUUCCCAGGAUUCCCUGGUUCAAACGGCGAGAAGGGAACAAGGGGUCCUUCCGGCAAACCAGGUCCGAGAGGACAAAGAGGCCCGACGGGCCCCCGAGGGCAGAGAGGGCCGAGGGGGGCCACGGGGAAACCAGGAGCAAAGGGAACCUCAGGAAGUGAUGGACCUCAUGGUCCUCCUGGAGAGAGGGGAUUGCCAGGACCUCAGGGAGCCAAUGGUUUCCCCGGACCAAAGGGACCUCCUGGACCACCAGGAAAGGAUGGGCUGCCAGGACAUCCUGGACAGAGAGGAGAAGUUGGUUUCCAAGGUAAAAUGGGUCCACCUGGGCCUCCUGGAGUUGUUGGACCUCAGGGCCCAUCAGGAGAGACCGGCCCCAUGGGCGAGCGUGGCCAUCCCGGACCUCUAGGUCCACCUGGCGAGCAGGGGCUUCCUGGUCCCUCAGGGAAAGAGGGCACCAAGGGGGACCCUGGACCCCCAGGACGCCCUGGAAAAGAUGGUCCUGCAGGACUGAGAGGCUUCCCAGGAGAGAGAGGACUUCCUGGAACCCCUGGUGGUGGAGGACUGAAGGGAGGCGAAGGACCUGCUGGACCUCCUGGACCUGCUGGGUCUCCUGGUGAGCGGGGCCCAGCUGGUACUGCUGGACCCAUUGGACCUCCUGGCAGACCAGGCCCUCAGGGCCCACCUGGACCAGCUGGAGAGAAGGGAGUCCCUGGUGAGAAAGGGCCCAUUGGCCCAGCAGGUCGCGACGGAGUGCAGGGACCUGUGGGUCUGCCCGGCCCUGCUGGAACAGCUGGAGUUCCCGGCGAGGACGGAGACAAGGGUGAGGUUGGAGAGCCCGGUCAGAAGGGCGCCAAAGGAGGCAAAGGCGAGCAUGGUCCUCCUGGUCCACCCGGGCCGCUCGGUCCUGUAGGUCAGCCUGGUCCAGCUGGUGCUGAUGGAGAUCUUGGACCGAGGGGGCAGCAGGGUCCUUUCGGAGCUAAAGGUGACGAGGGAACUCGAGGCUUCCCAGGAGCGCCAGGUCCCAUCGGACUCCAGGGAUUGCCAGGACCAUCCGGAGAGAAAGGAGAGACGGGAGAUGUUGGACCUAUGGGUCCUCCAGGCCCUCCAGGACCCCGUGGCCCUGCUGGACCCAGCGGAGCUGACGGUCCUCAAGGUCCUCCUGGUGGUAUUGGUAAUCCUGGGCCUGUUGGAGAGAAGGGAGAGCCCGGUGAGGCCGGACCACCUGGAAUCGUAGGAGAGCCUGGAAAGAAGGGUCCUCGUGGAGAGCGCGGAGAGAAGGGAGAGGCGGGCCAACCCGGAACUGCUGGACCUGCCGGAGGACGAGGAGGACCAGGAGAUGAUGGUCCCAAAGGAAACCCAGGUCCUGUUGGUUUCCCUGGUGAUCCCGGCCCCCCUGGUGAGGUUGGGCCCAGAGGUCAGGAUGGUGCCAAGGGAGAGAGAGGAGAGGACGGAGAAGCAGGAGAAGCUGGCACCCCCGGACCUCCUGGUGAGAACGGACCUCCUGGCCCCCCAGGAAAGAGGGGUCCUGCUGGUGCAAGAGGAGCAGAGGGACGUCAGGGAGAGAAGGGAACCAAGGGAGAUCCAGGUGCAGUCGGUCCCCCAGGAAAGACGGGUCCUGUGGGCCCUCAGGGUCAACCAGGAAAACCAGGAACCGAAGGUCUUCGAGGACUCCCGGGAUCAGUGGGCCAGCAAGGAUUACCAGGAGCUGCUGGAGAGAAAGGACCUCCUGGACCUUUGGGACCGCCUGGUUUGCCCGGGCUGCGUGGAGACCCCGGGGCCAAGGGAGAGAAGGGACACCAAGGUCUUAUCGGUCUUAUCGGACCUCCGGGAGAGCAGGGAGAGAAGGGAGACCGAGGCCUUCCUGGGCCUCAGGGAUCCUCUGGACCCAAAGGAGAGACCGGACUUCCUGGAGGCACCGGACCCCUCGGCCCUGCUGGUCCUCCUGGUCUUCCUGGUCCUCAAGGUAUCAAAGGAGCUAAGGGUGCAUCUGGAGGAGCUGGACCAAAGGGAGAAAAAGGAGUACAGGGACCUCCUGGACCUCCUGGCCCACCUGGUGAGGUCAUUCAGCCGCUGCCCAUCCAGAGGAGUCCCAAGUCCAAACGCUCCAUCGAUGCCAGCCAGCUGGCGCCGGAGUUUGACCCUGACAUGCCGGCAUCUGACACCGCCGGCACCGAGUUCCUGAUGGGCAGCGAAGGCAUGGAGGAGAUCUUUGGCUCUCUCAACUCCCUCCGUCAAGAGAUCGAGACGAUGCGUUUCCCUCUGGGCACUCAGGACAGCCCCGCACGCACCUGCCAGGACCUGAACCUCAGCCAGCCGGACCUCAAAGAUGGAGAGUACUGGAUCGACCCCAAUCAGGGCUGCUCCAGAGACUCCUUCAAGGUCUUCUGUAAUUUUACUACUGGAGAGACAUGUUUGUACCCGAGCAAGGACGUCAACACGGUGGAGAUGAGCUCCUGGGACAAAGAGACUCCAGGAUCGUGGUACAGUCAGUUUUCCACUGGUAGUAAGUUCUCCUACGUCGACUCUAACGGUGAGCCCGUGGGCGUGGUCCAGCUGGGCUUCCUGCGCCUCCUGAGCGUCCAGGCCCGUCAGAACCUCACCUACCACUGCCACCGCUCUGUGGCCUGGGCCGACCAAAGCGCCAAGAACAACUACAAAAGGGCGCUGCACUUCCUGGGUGCCAACGACGAGGAGCUGAGCUAUGAGACCAACCCGUACAUCAAAGCCUUGAUCGAUGGCUGCUCUUAUCGUAAGGGCUUUGACAGGACGGUCCUGGAGAUCAGCACGCCACAGCUGGAGCAUCUUCCUCUGCGGGAUAUCAAGGUGUCAGACUUUGGGGAGAAAAACCAGCAGUUUGGUUUUGAAGUGGGACCUGUUUGUUUCCAAGCCUAAGAACACACAAACACACACAAUACACGCAAACACACACACACUUAGAGACACACUUAUAUAUGAUAAACAUUCAU